GGCUCAGCCGGAGACCACGUUGACCGGGGCGAGCCAUGGAGGUAGUGGUGGUGGCCGCCAGGCAUGGUUGUGGGACCAUGCUUCGCGAUGAGGCGCACGGCGGUGGGGAAGUUCGGUGGCUCCCUGGCAGGCACCAGUGCGGUGCAGCUGGGAGCACAGGUGAUCCAACAACUCCUGCAGGACACUGGUGGCAAGGUGAGCCAUGGCAUGGUGGAUGAGGUCAUCAUCGGACAGGUCUUGACGGCGGGCGUGGGGCAGAAUCCUGCACGGCAAAGCGCCUUGAAGGCCGGCCUCCCAGAGACCUGUCCCGCGCUCACGAUCAACAAGGUCUGUGGCAGCGGGUUGAAGGCAUUGCAUUUGGCCAUGCAAGCCAUUGUGGCAGGAGAUGCUGAAGUUGUGGUGGCGGGCGGCCAGGAGAGCAUGUCGGACAGCCCCCAUGUGCUCAACCGAAGUCGGGAUGGGCAACGCAUGGGCGACUGGAAGAUGACCGACACGAUGAUCGUGGAUGGCCUGUGGUGUGCCUUCAACAACUACCACAUGGGCAUGACUGCGGAGAACGUUGCGGCCAAGUUUGGUUUAGAUCGCGCCCAGCAGGACGCCUUUGCCGCGGAGAGCCAACGGAAGGCCGCCGAGGCGCAGAAGGCGGGCCGCUUCAAGGACCAGAUCGUGCCGAUGCAGACUGCCAAGAAAGGUAAGGUCUUGGAUCAAGAUGAAUACAUCAAAGCAGAUACCUCGCUGGCGCAGCUGCAGAAACUGAAGCCAGCCUUCAAGAAGGAGGGAACUGUCACUGCAGGCAACGCCUCCGGCCUCAAUGACGGCGCGGCGCUGUGCCUCUUGAUGUCGGCGGCCAAGGCACAACAGCUGGGUUUGGUGCCGCUGGUGCACGUGAGGGGCUUUGCCAGCGCCGGAGUGGAUCCGAAGAUUAUGGGUACGGGGCCCAUUCCCAGCAGCAAGAAAGUGCUCGAGAAGGUGGGCUGGUCCGUGAAGGACCUGGACAUUGUAGAGGCCAACGAAGCUUUCGCAGCCCAGGCCCUGGCGGUGAACCAGGAGAUGGGCUGGGACGCUGCCAAGGUGAAUGUCAACGGUGGUGCCAUCGCCAUCGGGCAUCCCAUCGGCGCAUCUGGCUGCCGCAUCGCCGUGGAUCUCAUCCAUGAGAUGAAGCGCCGGAACUUGCGCAAAGGACUUGCCACGCUGUGCAUUGGUGGCGGCCAAGGAGUGGCGAUGUGCUUUGAACGGCUUCCAAACAGCAAGCUGUGACACUUUUCUUCCGCCUAGAAGGAGGUCCAUUCCGCACGUGGAGCACGUGGAGACAUCGUUGGGGUUCAUUCGGGUUCAUCCGCCCAGAAGCUGGUGUUCAG